AGUCAUUCCGGCGGGAUACUAAAAAAUCAGUCAUAACGAGGAUGGAGUUCUCACGAUGCAUGAAAAUUUUCGGUCGCGUUUUGUGGUUGAUCCUUUGGUGGGCUCAGUUAAGUGUCUUUUGCUUUUAUGCUUACCUUUAUGGGGAUGAUGGUGUGCUGAUACCUGUUUCAAUUUUGUGGUUUCUUCUUACCUGCAUAGUGAGGUUGAUACUAGGCCCGUUUAUUUUGUGGUUAACGAAAAGGGAACUCUGUUGUGACCCUUACAUUUGGCUAGGGUAUAGUUUUUUUUUUAUAGUGGAUUUUGUCUUGGUAUUUGCACUGGGCGAAGAUAAGUUCAGUGAAGAAAGAUUUGUUGGACCAAAGAUAUUGGAAGCCGUUCUGUAUAUGACACCACUUCUUCUUCUCCUAUUGUUGACAACUGCUGACGACGACGACGCCAUCAAACGCCUCGGAGACUUCAAAUUGCUGUGUGUCAUUUUGGCGGCACAACUACUCGAUGCAAUCGAGAUGAUUGACAUUGUAGUCAGCGAAAAAGUGAAAGGCAGUGAGAUAGAUAAAGUAUAUGAAAGAGGGAUGAUUGCACUUGCUUGCAUGAGCCUGCUACUUUCCGCAUUUCAGCUUGUACAUUCAGUACAUCACUAUUACAAGUCCACUGGUUCCCGUCGUGGUAGGGGGAAGAUUGGACUGGGCUUGGUGAUAGCCGCAGCCAUAAUAAAUUUUGUGUCGUUCAGUAUUCGAGUGGUUGCGAUGGUUGAGUAUGGAACGAAUGAAAGACCUUUAAUCAUUAAGAAUAUUAUGUCAAUGUGUAUGUUAAUAGUGGAAGUAUGCAGUUUCUCUGGUAAUAGCUAUCAAGUCUUACAAUCGUGUCCUGAUGAAGUACAACUUGUGCCUAAAGCAGCUCCUAGCCAUAGCGACAGCGAUGAGGAGGAACUACCUGAGAAAAACUUUGAUAUUUGAGGAGAGAUGUCUCGUUCGAACGAUGCGUUAUGCUGACUCAUGAUCAGCGCUGAAAAUGACAACUUUUUAGGUUUCGUAAUGAUUUAGUAAUGAUUGUUGUGCUAGGAAUUUCCUUAAUUAAAACAUGUAUGCAACUAUGAGCCAGUUAUACCGCUCUGGCCUAGAUGAUUGUGAAUGAAGGUUAGUUGUUUUAUGGAGUAAUGAAGUGCUUUUGCGUAAUUUUUUUGUCUUUGCUACAUUCUUACUUAUUAGGCUAAGAACAUUUCAGGAAAUUUAAGCUGUUGUAUUCUCUGCUAUCUAUAACCAACUUCAACAAAAACAACAAAAAGGAUGUAUUUUUUGUUCUCAAGAUUUAAAGUAUAGAAAAAGAAGCACAUUUAAAGUAGAA